CGCCGCUGAGAGGACUGGUGCAAGCUCGGGGUUCCCAUUCUGACUCUGGGACCUCCUCUGGACCGAAAUGUCUACUGCAAAGGAAAGAAAACAUGCAAAGAAAAUGAGAAACCAGCCCACCAAUGUCACUCUGUCUUCUGGCUUUGUGGCUCAGAGAGGUGUAAGGCACCAUAAUGGAGGGGGCAAACCUUUCCAAGCUCAGCAGCAAGAGUCUCAUUCUGGAAGUUCAAGACAGCGACAAACCAAGAUGACUUCCCAUUCACUUCCUGAGCCUGAUAUGAAUGAGCAGUCUUCCUCUAAAGUCAUGUUUAAGAAAAAGGGAGGCUGGAAAGCAGGUCCAGAGGGCACCUCUCAGGAGAUUCCCAAGUAUAUAACCGCUUCCACUUUUGCUCAGGCACGAGCUGCUGAAAUCAGUGCCAUGGUAAAAGCUGUGACCCAGAAGUCUUCUAACUCGCUGGUGUUCCAGACUCUACCACGGCACAUGAGGCGGAGAGCGAUGAGCCACAACGUCAAACGCCUUCCCAGACGGUUACGCGAGAUGGCCCAGAAGGAGGCAGAGAAGGCUGUACAUCAGAAAAAAGAACACUCAAAAAAUAAAAGUCAUAAAGCUCGAAGAUGUCACCUAAACAAGACACUAGAGUUUAACCGUAGACAAAAGAAGAACAAAUGGCUAGAAACUCAUAUCUGGCAUGCCAAGCGCUUCCACAUGGUGAAGAAGUGGGGCUACUGCCUGGGAGAGAGGCCGACGGUGAAGAGCCACCGGGCCUGCUAUCGAGCCAUGACAAACCUUUGCCUCCUUCAGGAUUUAUCCUACUACUGUUGUCUGGAGUUGAAGGGCAAAGAGGAAGAAAUACUAAAGGCACUUUCUCAGAUGUGUAACAUAGAAACAGGACUGACAUUUGCUGCAGUUCACUGUUUGUCUGGAAGGCGCCAAGGGAGCCUCAUGCUUUACCGGGCAAAUAAAUAUCCUGGAGGAAUGCUUGGGCCUAUUACAUUUAUUUGGAAUUCUGCAAGGAUCCCUGGUGACACCUGUGAGAACAGGCAGCUGUGGAUCUGGCUUCAUCCUGCUCUUAAACAGGAUGUUUUAGAGGAAAUAAAAACAGUGUGCCUGUGUAUGGAACCCAUCAAACCAAAUGUCUGCAUCCCUGACCCACUUCCUACACCAACCCAAGAAAAAAGCCAACCAGAGCUGGCUGAUAAGAAAAGUGGCAAGAAAAGAAAAAGGAAAGAUGAUGAAGAAAAUUUGAAACCAAUUAAAAAAAUUAUUGGUGAUGGAACUAGAGACCCCUGCCAGCCACGUUCUUGGAUCUCUCCAGCCACAGGCAUCAUAAUCAGCGAUUUGACAAUGGAAAUGAACAGAUUCCGGCUGAUUGGUCCCCUUUCUCACUCCAUCCUAACUGAGGCUCUUAAAGCUGCUUCUGUCCACACUGAGGAAGAGGACACAGAGAAGACACCUCAUCGCUGGUGGGUAGACACCUGUAAGAACCCAGAGAGCGUUUCCCUUCAUCGAAGACAAGAAGCUGUGUUUGAAUUGUUAGGAGGGAUAACAUCACCAGCAGAACUUCCUGCAGGUACUAUUCUGGGCCUGACAGUGGGGGAUCCUCGAGUAAAUUUGCCUCAAAAGUGGUCCAAAGCUUUGUCCAAUCCAGAAAAAUGCCAAGAUAAGGAGAAGGUUAGACAGCUGCUUCUGGAGGGUGUGCCUGCGGAAUGUGCACAUAGCUUUAUCUGGAACCAAGAUAUCUGUGAGAGUGCCACAGAGAAUAAAAUCUCAGAUCAGGACUUAAACCGGAUGAGAAAUGAAUUGCUGGUACCUGGAUCACAGCUUGUUUUAGGUCCCCAGGAAUCCAAGAUCCCUAUCCUUUUGAUUCAUCAGCCAGGAAAAGUGACAGGGGAAGACCGACUGGGCUGGGGAAGCGGCUGGGACGUCCUGCUCCCGAAGGGCUGGGGCAUGGCUUUCUGGAUCCCAUUUAUCUAUCGAGGUGCCAGAGUUGGAGGGCUAAAAGAGGCCAUGGUGCAUUCCCAGUAUAAAAGUUUGCCUAACAUCCCAGGAGAUUUUCCAGAUUGCCCUGCUGGGGUUCAGUUUGCUGAAGAACAAGCUAAGAAUUUCCUUGAAAAGUACAAAAGACGCCCUCCUGCCAAACGUGCCAACUAUGUUAAGCUUGGCACCCUGGCCCCUUUCCACUGUCCCUGGGAGCAGCUGACACAGGACUGGGAGUCCAAAGUCCAGGCCCAAGACACAUCCCCUGUGGCUCUCAGUGGUGAGGGAGGUGACAGGAGAAGACCCGGGGCGCCUUGUGCUGACACGCCUGAGAAAGCGCCACAGCUCUCUGAUGAAGCAGGGUCCUCCACAAGUGACCCCAGGGAGCCAGAGGUCAUGGAAACUGAGUGUCAGGACCAGGAAGUGGGGGAGAAGGUUCCAGACCAGAGUCCUGGAGAGAACCACACUGCUGCCACCAAGAGUCAACUUUGUGUGCUUAGGAGUAGAAAGUUACUGAAGCAACUGUCAGCCUGGUGUGGGCCCAGCUCUGAGAACAGCCGGACGGCUCAGUGGGCUCCUGGCAGAGGCCAGCCAGACCUGAGCAGAGCGGCGUGCCUGUCCGUCCUGGCCCGCUUCCCCAGGGCCCUGGCCUGGGUCCGCUUGUCCCUGCUUCAGAAGGGCAGCCCAGAGCCGCACACCAUGGUCUGCAUCCCCGCUGAGGAGGAUUUGCUCCAGCUAGGGCGGGAUCGCCACUACUGUGGGCCCCAGGAGCCCAGGCACAGUGAUCCCUUUAAGAGCAUGAUUGUAAAACAAAAGGAAAAGAAGAAACUACUGAAGAGGCAAGAUGGAGGACUCGCUCCGUCUGAGGCGCUGGCCGAGGGGGCCCCUGUGCAGGAGGCUCUGACAUUGGGCUUGUGGUCAGGCCCCCUCCCUGGUGUGAUUUCACACUGUUCCAGAGUCCUCCUCGGCUUUGUCACUCAGGGAGAUUUCUCCAUGGCUGUUGGCCAUGGAGAAGCCCUGGGCUUUGUGAGUGUGACAGGCCUACUGGAUAUGCUGUGCAGCCAGCCGCCGGCUGCGAGGGGUCUGGUGCUGCUCAGGCCGCCCGCCUCCCUGCAGUACCGGUUUGCAAGAAUUACCAUUGAGGUGUGACUGGUUCACUGCUGGCGGCACUGAUCGAUUGUUCAAUCGAUUGAUGGAUAGUAGCUCUGUUUGCCAAGUCACAGUGGGAGAGUCUGCCUUCCCUUCUUUUGUUCCAAAAUAUCAUGUGACAUUGCUUAGACACAAGAAUUCAAAAGCAUACCUUAUACAAAGGAUGAAAUGUUGAUACUGUUUCAGUCACCUCAUUUGUUUCUGUCUUUCCCUGUCCUUGCUGUAGUUCUGUAAAAUUGUUUGGCAGGUGUAGCCAGAUGCUUUUGUAUCUCUUAGUCUUGCUCCAAAGUGUCAAGAAUUCUACCUUUUAUUGUUCCUCCCCCUUUUUCUGUUUUGGUUAGGGACAAAGAGCUGUGGGGUCUUUUUGAAAAAAACUUGAUACUUGUGAUAACUCGCAGUGGCUAUUUAAUGACUUGGUUAUCAUUGAAGAGGAAAUGGAGUUAGGUCCUUUACGAGCCAUGCUCACUUGUGUACAGAAGUCAGCAUGUGAACAUCUUAUUGCCAUAAGGAAAAAAGACCUUGUUUUCAGGUAGCUCAGUAUAUCUCAAGAAUGUUGGGCCAGAAUUAAGAUGACGGUUUGUGAUGUUAUGCCCCAUGACUUUUUUGUUGCCCAACAUGUAAUCCUGGUAAUUACUUAAAUUCCUUUAUAUAAAACCUUUGAGUUUUUGUUUUCUGCCAAGAAUAGCUCAAAGCCAUAAAGGAGCAUUUCUCCAAAGAUACUCAGUGAAAUGUGUUACCUUGGAAAAGAUUUUCUAGGUCAGGGUGAUUUGGGAUACCCUGGAUUAAUGAGCAAAGUUAAGUAUUUUUAAAGGACUUCUGGAACCUUUCAUGUGAUAAUGUGCAUGGUGAGUGUGUAGGAAGUAGGUCAUGUGUUGUAUAGUACUUUGUAAAUCUUUGUGCUGCUGAAACUCCUUAAUAAAGAGCCCUUGGUGGUUUCAGUA